AUGGGAGGUGGAGAUUUGAAUUCAAAGAAGUCAUGGCACCCAAAUACAAUGAAAAAUCAAGAACGUGUUUGGAAGGCAGAACAGGCUGCGGCUGAGGAGAAAAAGCGGAUGGUAGAGUUACAGCGCGAGCGGGCUGAGGAGCGAGACCGAGCCGAAUUGAAGGGCCUCUUGAAGAACAACAGCGCUGCACCUAAUAAUGACGACCGCUUGUCUUGGAUGUAUGAUAAACCUGAUAAGAAAGUUGACGAGGAAGCAUAUUUACUUGGGAAAUCAAUUGAUAAAAAUGCUGAGCACUCAGAUAAGUUGGAGCAAGAUGUGAUACCAGCUGUGUCUCGCAGAGUAGUUGGGUCUAGCAUGUUGACAACUGCUGGAGAUGCACAAGUAGAUAUGUCCCGGAAAAUUCGUGAAGAUCCCUUGCUCCUGAUAAAAGAACGUGAGCGAGCUGCUCGUGCAGCCUUACUGAAUAAUCCUUUGCAACGUCGCCGUUUAACUGAGUUACUCAAAAAAGAACAGGAAUCAAAAAAAGAAGUCAAAUCUAAGAAAACACAUAAAAAGAAAAGCAAGAGCCUUGACGACCUUUUGGCUGCCAAACUUAAUGCACUAGGUGGAAAAAAGGAUAUAGAUUUGGCAACUCUUUUACAUUCUUCUGAUUCUACGGAUUCCUCUGAUUCUGAUUCAUCUCCAGAACGUAAGAAAAAGAAUAAGAAAAAGAAAAAGAAGGCAAAACAAAAGAAGAAGAAGAAGAAAGAAAGUAAAUAUUCUUCAGAGAGUAGUGAUAGCGAAGAAGAUAAAUCGUCAAAGAAAAAGUCUAAAAUAAAGCAGGCGCAUAGUAAUAAGAAAUCGUCUGAACGCCAAAGUCGUGAGAAAUCACCUGAACUAAGUCGUGAAAAGGAAUACAGAAAAAGGAAAAGUUCUGAGUACUCAGAUAAUGAAGUUGUCUCUAAAAAACGCAAAAAGGGGACUUCAGAAAGGUGUGAACAGGAGACGGAUAGUAAAAAAUCACGCUAUUACGACAAAAAAAGUUAUAGUCGACCUGAAAGACGUCCAGAUUCUACUGAAAAAGAAAAGCGUAGUAAAGAAGUAAGUCAUAGAGAUAAUAAGAAACGCGGUGGCAUGAGCGAAGAAGAAAGAGCUGCGAAAUUAGCAGAAAUGGCGGCGGCCGGAGCUGAGCGUGAGAUCCAGCGCGGACGGCGCGUGGCGGAGCAGCGCGCGGCCGAGGUGGCGGACGAGCAGGCGGCGCGCGGCCCGCGCUCGGCGCCGCGCGAGGCGCGCGCUCUGCCCGCCUCGCUCGAGAGCCGCAUCCACUCCAACAGGCAUUACAUACAGCGCGACAAACGUCAUAUGAAUGAACAUUUCGCGCGACGAUGA